AUGGUUACUACUGGGCUCUUAUUCGGUUUAGGAGAUGGAGUAGCCCAGAUGUUAUUCCCUCUGAACCAUGAUCAUCUUGACGAAGAAAAGCCUACAUAUAAUGGAUACAGAACUAUGAGAGCUAUGAUAUAUGGUUCAUGCUUUUUUGCCCCUUGUGGUGUGUUAUGGUAUGGAAAAAGAUUACCUUUAAUCAAAAAUCCGUUUAUUUCAGCCAAGAGCCGGGAAACAUGGAGUAAAAACAGAGUACAUUUGUAUGAUACGGUUUACAGGGUAGUGAUUGAUCAACUCUUUAUCCCUGGUCUAGUUUGGAUCCCCAUGUACAAUAUUGUGAUGUCAACACUUUCCGGCCACGAGAAUCCAUUAGAGGUGGCUUUUCAUAAAUUACAACAUAAUUGGUGGAAUGUGUUGACAACAAACUGGAUGGUGUGGCCCGGGUUUCAGUUGGUGAGUUUAUUUUACAUUCCAGUGCAUCUUCGUAUAGUUGCAGCCAAUAUUUGUUCAGUCGGAUGGAAUUGCUUCUUGAGCUACCUUUAUAACGGAAAGAUGCAUGGUAACCACCAAAAAGAGGAGAUUUUAGAUCACUUAGUACAUUCUGAAGAAGAAAUUGAGGAAACCACAAUGGUGGUUUACUAG